AUGAGCAGCACGGUGUCCCCCUCAAAGAGACGCUCGAAACAACUCGAGGAAGAGGUCUGGGACGACGACUUUGAGUUUCCCGUGCAGAAGAAGAGCUCCAUCUCGGUCACCAAGGACGAAAAGUCCCGCAAGUCUCUGGGUGAUGACUGGGAUGAAGACUGGGAUGAGUCGCCCCCCAAGCCCGUGGUGUCCUCCCCUUCGCGGCAUGGCCUGUCUCAGUCCAGACCUAUCUCAAAAGUCCCUGCACCCCUCAACAUCCCCAAUCAUGGGUAUGAUCAGUCAAGGAUCUCGCCUGGUCUCACAGCAGACCUAUCAAUACCCUCGCCGUCGCCAAUGCUGCUCAGCUCGAGCAAUCCACAUCAGCCUCUACUCGCGUCGCGCUCGAACUCGUCCCUCUCCAUUGGACAGGAUCCAAAACCCCGCUCCAGAGCUGGCUCUGUAGCGACGACAGGGAGCGGCACAGUGCGCAGAAAGCUGGUCAAGAGGCACCCUUCGACUUCUUUCAUUUCAAUGCCCGGCAACAGGUCUGCCAGCCACCUUCCUUCGAGCGCAUCUUCAACUUCCAUCUCGUCUUCGCACAACAUUGUUUCGCCAGUCGAAGAGUUUCCGGUACCGCCAUUACCGGCCAAUAUGCCGAGGAGUACGUCAGGAGAGCAGAUGCCGCCACCGCCUGUACCUGGAAGGGGCGAGAGUGGCGUUAGUGCUUUGAUGAGACGGAAGAGCAAAUCGAAGAAGCAAGGGGCGCGUCCCUCGCCGUCAAAGGAGAAAUCCUUUUUGGGAGAGGGCAAGGAGCAGAGAAAAGGAUUCUGGAAUAGAUUGUCUGGUGAACCCACAGAAGCAGAUGGAGUGCAUUCACAUAGACGGCGAAGAUCAUCCUCAGUCGGGGCUACUCUUGCCAAGCCCGACUCUCCACAACCUCCCAUGCCUCCUCUUCCCUCGAAUCUUCGCUCCCCAUCAGCCACUUCCACAUCCACUUCAUCGUCUUCCCAUUCACACAACCGCGCGCAAGGCGUCACUUCUGUCUUUACUUCAAUGCUCCGUCGUUCAUCGAGCAGUCUGUCGAAAAGCAGUCGAGGAUCAAAAGAACCCCCAUCGGCAUACCCUUAUGCGUACCCGGGCGGCGAUGGAGGACGUAGUAGAUCAAGUGUGAGCGUUGGUAUACCCAUACCGGAAAAGACAGACGGAAGGACGACACCGGAACAACCACAAUCGUUUUCGCGCGGCUUUCACCUCCCGUCCCCUUCUCCUCAUUCACCAUAUCACAGUAAACCGCGUAUGCCACUACCUCUGGGCCGACCACCCCUUCCACAUCACACCUCAUCUGUUUCUUUACUCUCGGGUAAACCACCUUCUCUCAAUACAAUGUCAAUCGAUGCGGAUGAUAGUGAUGAGGAAGGGGACAAGACGCCCCGCCGAAGGAAAAAGGUGCCCCUGGCUUCGCUGCAAACUUCUCCGGGAAAGAAGGGGCAUGGAGAGUCUUACGAGCAUGGUUCCCCCGCAUCUGCAUCCAUUCCCGGUCUUCCCCGGUCAUCAUCUACCAGCCCCUGGCCCAGCUUGGGCUCCCCCACAAAGACGCGUGUCAAUCCUAUGCCGCUUGUACCGUCUGGAGGUGGGGGAGAGAAUGAAAGUAUCAGCAGCGGGCAUACCGGGGCGAGCGGUAAUGGGAGCGGCUUUGCGUCGACUGUUAGGAGGCUGGGAUCAAUCUCAAAGAAACACGGGCGUCGCUUGUCUGGGGGUUGGAAAUUUGGCACACAGUCGUCCAACUCGUCCUCAAAUUCUGGCGGAGGGGUAGCAUUUGCUGGGUCGGUAUUUGGACAGCCGGGGGAUGAAAGGGCAGUGCUGGAGACGGUUGUGGGAUCGCCAGUCAAGGACAGGCGAGAUGAUGACCUCGUCGAUUCGCCAGUGGUCGUACAACACCCUCUAACCCCCGAUACCAAAUCCAAACCCAAACACCGCCCCCGCCCCUCCGAUCAAUGGGAUCAAGACUUUCCCUCCUUUUCUGCCCCGAACGCGAAUCAGUCAUCGACCACCCUCGCAAGACUGGAUAAAGUCGAAAAGUCGGCGACGCAGGAGAAAUUGUUGUUGGCAGAAGCAGACAAGAAGAGGAUGGAGGAUAAACAAAAGAGAAGACAGAGCUGGAAUGAUUUCGUGAUUCCCAGGAAUGUGUUGGAGAAACAAAAGGAGCUGAAGGAAGGGAUUGGUGCUGUCAAACUGUUUGCGAGAGGCGUCAACACUCUCAAAACGCUGUCAGCUACACAUGCUGGUCUGAGGAAACGCAUCAUUGAAGAUGGGUCCGAGACAGACGCCAACAAGUUUUCUGCCCUCGAGACAGAGUUUGCGCAAUGGUGGGAGAUGGCCAUCGUCCUCAUUGAAGUGGGGUCCACGGGCAAAGAAAGCGGUUCGCAAGCUUCAGUCGAAAGCCCUAGACGUGAGCGAAGGGUGACUCUUGCGAGCGAGGAGGCCCGGGCUGCUGGAGAUGCUCUCAGACAGGCUUCUGGGGGAUCAUUCAAGAGCCCGUAUAACUCGCCGGUGCAAUGGAACUACGAGACCCACUCUCAAAUCGUGGGCCCGAGCCAAAAGAAGAUUUCGCUACCCGACCCUUCCGAAACGAGUCAGUCCACUUUCCAUGGCCCUCCUCGAGCCUCGCCACUUCCCGAACAAUGGCGCGCGUCUACUGGCCGUCAAGAUCUUUCCAAACGACAACUCGAAGUGCUUCGCACCAUGCUGAAAACGCCGAUGCCUAGCGGUAGUGUCAGCAGCUUGGAAAGGCCCGGGAUGAGCAGAGGGGCGAGCACGAUAUCGAUGAGGACGGGGAGCUCUUUGGCCGAGAGAUUCGAUGCGGUGCAUGGGCCGGGGACGGCUACCGUUGCUGCACCUCCCAUGCCUCGCACGCACACUCCGCUUCGUAUCGACACUACUUCACCGCAAGGUCUCGUGGUAGAGCCUCCGACUGCUACAGCCAAUCUCGACCAACGUCGUAUGAGUAAAGCUGGCUUGGCGGGGCUGAAAGAGUUUUUGCGCUUUUUGAAGAAGGAUGGAGGCGGGGAGAAGAAACCUACGCCGAGGAGGAUGAAGUCGCAUUCCAAAGCUCUGCGUGAUGCCCCGGUGACGAGCCCUUCGGAUAAAAUAGAUUAUCGGGGAAAGUCAAGCAUGUCGCCGCCUUCUUCACCGUCCUCUCCCACCACAAAACAGUGGUCUAGGAUGCCCCAGACAGCGCCUCCGACGCAGACGACCACGAGAGGUCCUUACGAGACAUCACGAAGUUCCUUCUCCGUCUUUGGGCCUCAGGGCCCAUCGCCUCUUCCCACCACCGGCUCCGUAUCAGGCACACCCCAAUCGCAAUCGUCCUCUCGCAUCUCCUGGCAAGCCCAGCCCUCUGCUUCCCAAGCUUCUUCCCAGCCAAACCCAAAGAGACCUAGUCUGCGAAAUAUCUUCCGGACAAGCUCGGGCAACUGGAGUGAGCUUGCUGCCAACUCAACUCCGAACCCAUCGAACGGCUCCCCGGGGCUGAGAAAGAGGGGCAGUGUCCAGAUCCUGGGGCAAAUCAACGAGACGAUGGGGAAAAGUCCCCAGCAAAGGGAGGAUAAGGAGAGAGAGAGGGCACAUGCUCAGGCGCAGACGAUGGGGUCGUUGACUGGCCGCGUACCUGGAGUAGCCCGCAGCUCGAUAUCCGUCAGUGAUCCUCUUCCCCAUCCCCAAGUGAGAUCUGUAACAGAGAUGGGCGCGAGGGUCAAGGGUGAGAGCCAGGGCGAAGGCGAUCAGACUUUAAAGCCGAGGAGGAAGGGCCGGGCGACGCCUUUGGGUCUUGGAUUGGGGUGGCCAGAGAAGAGGGCGGAAGAAGCUGGUUUGGCUCGGAGUCCCACGUCGCCUUUGCGCGGACGGCCGCACGCGGCGAGUACGUCGACGAUGAAUAGCGCGACGACGGGCGGCGGCGAAACAGGGGAUGAAGAGUUGGUGGUGGCGUUGACGCCAGAGAAUCUACCGACGUUGUUGGAGUAUCUGAGACAGUGUGAGAUGAAGCUGGGCGAGUGGAAGGAGCUGGUUGAAGAAGAGGGAUUGGGAGAAAAGCUGGUAGAAGUAGAGAAGGGGGAACAAUAG